GUCGCGACCAGUGGUUCAUCAUUCCAUGUUCAAAGUUAGCUAAGACAGCUAGCUAGGAAAGCUGAAAGUGAGUGUAGCUUGUGAAUCUGGAUGCUUUACUAUAAAAAAAAAUGCAAUCCUGGCAUGCCCAGAAAGAUGCAAUCUGCAAGAAACUAGCUAAGCAUUGACUUCAUAUAAUCUGCUCAGUGAAUGAGAGUGAACGAACUAGCUAUCUAUCUUGCAACCUUGAUAGCUAGUUAGCUAUAUUAAAGGCCUUUCAUUUGCUUUUAGGUCUGUCUCAUUUGUUAUAAAAGAUUACGUUAUUUUUAUUCUUUUUUUUUCGUUGCAGAACUGAGAGGGACUAUAAUGUUGGCCACUGUAUGUGGGCUUCGGUCACGUACGCUAAUUUUUCUCACUUUGAUUGUUUUUGAGGUGGUGUGGUAUGCAAACGCAAGUAAGAGUUUUGAAGAUGUGCGUUGCAAAUGCAUCUGUCCUCCAUACCGAAAUAUUAGUGGGCAUAUCUACAACAAGAAUGCAUCCCAAAAGGACUGUAACUGUCUGCAUGUAGUGGAGCCCAUUCCAGUGCCAUGUCAUGAUGUGGAGGCUUAUUGUCUGCUCUGUGUAUGCCAAUAUGAGGAACGUAGCAGCAAUACCAUCAAGGUGACCAUAAUAAUCUACCUGUCUGUGGUUGGGUCUCUUCUGCUGUACAUGCUGUUCUUGCUUUUGGUGGACCCACUGAUCCGAAGGCAGGACCCCUACAUGCAGCCACUGCAGAAUGAGGAGGACUCUGAGGACGUGAGGCCUCAUGUAGGCGGCUCUCCAGGAAGCGGGAACACGGUGCUGGAGCGAGUGGAGGGUGCUCAGCAGCGCUGGAAGAGGCAAGUUCAGGAGCAACGCAAAACCGUGUUUGACCGCCACAAACUGCUUAGCUGAGCACUCUGAGCACACCUGGAGAGAGGCUGGCGGGCAGAGGGACUUAUGGUUUUAUUUGUUUGUAAUUGGUGUGGCCAUAUAUUGCAGUUGCGAACGUAAUGAGGCUCUUUGUAAAUCACCUUAUUUGUUGUUUGACUAAAUAUAAUAUACUAGCUGCACAAUUGAAAUGGCGUUUAUCAGGCGUUUAUACUGGUGCUGAAACAGCUACGUUUGUUAUAACCUAAGGCUUUUCUCCUUAUAGCUGCUGUGCUUUGACAUUUAGGCUAUAUUGCUGUGAAAAGUGGACUGUUGAACAGAAUGAUGGUGUUUUGAGGAACACCACAACUUUCUCGUUCUUGGCUUUCACUUUUAAGAAUGUAAACCUUUGGAUUUAGAGCAUAGAUGUUCAGUGAUCUAGUGAAUGUAUGAUUUGUUGGCUGUAUUUGCAUCAUCUCUCACUGUUGUGCAUAUGAUUUUUAUGCAUUGUUAAUUCUUAGUCAGAACUCCCAAGCUCUUCUUCAUUCUGACCUUGCUAAGUAAGAUAUCUUACUGGCUUAGGGACAGCAUUGACCAUUGAUUACACACCAAAAAUAAAAAUUAUUGCAUGUUUUAUUGUAUUCUCUUUCAGAAAACAAAAUGUUUCUUGAAUAAGUUCUAAAUUAAUAGAUGACAGUAGGCACAUCUCCUCUGCCAUAUCUGUAUUCCUCAUCCCACACACUUGAACGAUUAUUUGCACUUUUACUGCCCUGUGCUUUGCAGUAAAGAUAUAAUGCUAGUGUUGUACCUCACAUACAGAACUGUGAAUUUUUUUUUGUUUAAUUUAUUUAAAGCAUUUUUGUUGGUCUUGUUCUAUUUCAGGGCAAAACCCUAGAGUGGGCUGUUCUUAUUUGUGUAGUAUUUUACUUGCACUAAGAAAUCAAAUAAAAGCAAUAGUGUAAACCUGUUGUGAAUGCGAAUGAAUAUAUAUUAAAUUAUACACACACCCAUGAAAAUUUAUGUUUUUAUUUACUUACAAGUACACUUGGGUGGGCAUCAGAGACUUUUGCUCUUCUCUCAUGUUCACCUCUGGACUUAUCUUCUUUCCAGCCCUCUCUACUCUGCUCCUGUAUUCUGAUCUCCUUUCCAGCCAAAUCUUGUCUCUCCUCUCCCAUGCUCUCCAUUCAUCUCUUCUCUCCUUUCUGUUACUCAGCUGUCUUCUUGUCUCUAGGUCGCUCCUCUUCUCUGCACUUCAUGUGUUUCUUCCUCUCCUCUGGUACUAUCUUCACCUCCCCAGUCAACCUUUCUCCUUUCAAGCCUUUUUAUGGCGUGAUGAUGAAUUUUUUUAUUUAUUUAUUUUUUAUUUUGAGUUAGGGCUUUUAAUUAUUAUUCAUAUUUAAUGUUCAUCGAUG